AGAAUUGAAUGGGAGUGUUACAGUUAAUAAUCAGCCAGAGGCAGUUUGCAACACAGCAAAUAGUUUAAAACACACGAACAAUAAGCAUGACACCACUCCACAUACGGCUGAUCACUCUGUUGAUCUAGGUGAGUCUACAGAUCAGAAACCUUUGGAUAAGAUACGGACCCCAACUGACACCAAAAACCAUAACGACAUGACUAAUCCCAGCUGUUCGUUCAGUAAUGUACUAAAAUGUGAGUCGUGUAACAACACACAUCCAACUAAACCUAUACACUUGAAAAUUUGUCCUCCUAAAGAUAUUCCACAAGUAGACUUGAAUGAACGUAAGUUCAUCUCACAAAGACAACGAAAGAAUCCUGCUCUGAAAAUAAAGGGUGGGAAGACAAAACUCAUGAUACCGAAUAGGGAAACACGUAAGAUUGAACCCAACUGCUCUAUAGGUAUCCCAAGAACAGUGAACAGGUUCUCCCCGCUGCUAUCGUAUAACUUGCCUUCAACACCUCCAAGUUGCAAAAAGGGUGGUGGGCUUCAACAUAGCAAGCCUUCUUACACGCAGACUAACGAAAACUACCAGAGAACUGGCCACCCAAAUCACCCCCUGAAGCCUAAAACCAUAAAUAAGAACGGUAAUAAUAGGUUUCUCACUCCACACCCUACCUACAUUCCCCAGGAUCGCAACUGUAAUUACUCUCAAAAAGAAAACUUCUCAUACCCUUUAGUACCAACCCAUCACAUAACAACGGCUUCCAUGUAUAACAACAGUCGCAACUCCUCCCAGUUACGCGUAGCAGGCCCCUCUCGCGCUAACGUAAAUAGCCAUAAUAGGGGCUACGAGUCUAACCAUCAAGACUAUUUUGUAAAUAACCAUACACUUCACAGUAGGCCUGUACAAGAUUUUUUUUGGAAUAAGACCCCUAGUGACACCUCUGUUGAAGCAUAUAGCCCAGGUUAUUUCAAACCACAUGCAAAACAUAAAUUUGUUUCCUCCGUACAGUUUCCAUCACAGAGUACUCCCACCCUUUCCUCCUGGGUAAACUCCUCAAUCAACUUCACCAGCUCAUUUGAUACAUCUCCCAAUAAGUUUAACUAUCAAAAUACAGAGCUAAUGAAGAACAUCCAAUCCCUCACAUCAAACUCAUCUUACACUCGCGAGGGUUACGACGACUUUAUCCGAAAUACCCUCACCCAUUUUAACUUAGUAGGCCACUUGCUUAAUAUCUGUCUUAUCAACGCUCGAUCGAUCUGCAACAAAAAGACGGAUUUAGCCCUGUUUGUAUCCAUAUAUCAACCAUCAGUUAUUAUGAUAUCUGAAGCAUGGACUAACAGUAAUAUUUCCGACCGAAGCAUAUCUCUAGAUAACUAUUCCCUAUAUAGAAGCGAUAGAUUGAAUGGACGAGGCGGAGGAUGCCUUAUUUACGCUCACUCUAGCCUGAACUCACUGCUAUGUGAUAUGCCUGAACUAAACAAACUGAAGGAUUCGGUGUGGAUUGUAUUAAAGCCGUCGAAUUCCGUUACCUUACUGCUCGGCUGUGUUUAUCGUCAACCUAACGCAUCAAUAGAUGAAAUAGCAGUAUUAUCGGAGGUAUUCACGCUAGCAUCAUCCCUCUCAUUCACAGGCAAGCUCAUUUGUGGUGACUUCAAUAUGCCCGAAAUUUCUUGGCUGCCAGUCAAAGCGCCGAGACGUCAUGAAUCAUUUAUUGAAUGUCUAGAGCUUGGACAAUGGACUCAGUAUGUCGAUAGCCCUACCAGACAUCAAAACAUCUUAGACUUAGUCUUUACCAGUGGCCUCAUCCCCAAUACUUUGUAUAUUGGAAAAAAGUUCCCAGGUAGUGAUCAUAACAUUGUCAUAUGCAGCCUUAAUGUAAAAACCACAACCGAUAGAAGUAAAACCGUAACACUUCGUAGAAACUACCGCAAGGUUGAUUGGAAUAACUUCCACAAUUACCUAAGAAGCACUGAUUGGAGAACUUUCUUUACCUCAGACAAUACCGACACAUUAACCAAUAUAUUUUAUCAAAACAUCAAAAGUAUCAUCAACAACAUCGCACCUUUAGAAUAUUGUAGACCUACAUUCUCCAGAGAUCUCUAUAUAGCGGUCAGUACAAGAAGACGUCUUCGAAGACAUUGUACUAGAUCCCACAACUUAAAUGACUUCUCCUCUUUAGUAACGAUGACAGAAAUACUUGUCCGAACAGAGGCAAUAAGUAAACAAAAAGCAGUAGCACAGGAAAAACGUGCAGUUGAACUUAAUAAUAACUCCUCUGCACUCACCAUACUACUCCAAAAUAAACUUAAACGCUCUAAAUCGAGAGGGAGUAUAUUCAUUAAAGGCAAACAAGUAUACGAAGAUCCCAAACUUAUCACAGAAUUAUUUAGUGAACAUUUUUGUUCCUCACUAACUAACGAAAGACCAUUUAAUGAUUCAGAACCAAUCCCAGUAACUCCUUGUGAAAUCACUAAUGUAGAAUUCAGUGUACAAAAUAUCUCCAAGGCAAUCAGUACAUUGAAACACUCCUACACUGAGGGACCAGAUGGUAUUCCAUCUAGCAUGCUAAAACGUGGAGGUGACGAUAUGUGUGUUUUGCUUCUCAAACUAUUCGCGAUAUCACUCUCUUCAGCGUGUUACCCUACUGCCUGGAAAACUACACAUAUCAUUCCCAAAAUUAAAACAGGAAAAUUACCGGCCUAUAAACAAAACUUCAGUGGUAUCCAGAGUGAUGGAAAUAGUUAAGGCGGCUGUAGUCCAACAUCUAUUAACUAACAAUCUCUUCUCGACCUCCCAGCAUGGAUUUCUUAGGUCAAGAUCAUGCGAUACAUGCCUAGUAGACUACCUGAAUGAUAUAAUUCUGAAACGAGACAGCGGACUCCUUGUAUCAGUCCUAUUCUUAGACUUUAAGAAAGCCUUUGAUAAGGUCCCACACAAAAGGCUACUCGUCAAACUAAAGUCCUUUGGAAUACACAACCCACUGUACUCAUGGUUUGCUUCGUUCUUAACAGAACGUAAACAAAUGGUAAAGUACAGUGACUGUCUCUCGUCCCCUAGACCAAUCACCAGUGGAGUCAUCCAAGGAAGCGUAUUAGGGCCACUUUUGUUUCGUAUGUAUAUAAACGAUAUAUGUAACACCAUAGAAUUUGGGAAACCGUACUUAUAUGCUGAUGAUCUCAAAAUAGUAUACAGCUAUAAGCCUGAAACACUAAGCGAAAGUGUAUUCCAGAUCCAAAAGGACCUCAAUAACUUAACUAUCUGGAGUGAAAAAUGGCAAUUACCAUUUAACCUCAACAAGUGCGGGAUCAUGCACUUUGGAAAGCAUCCCUAUAAACCGCGACUUCACUUAAAUGAAUGUAUAGUUCAAACACUCGAAUCAGUACAUGAUUUAGGAAUUAAUUACACAGGAAGCCCAAACUUUGCUGAACAUGCCUCCUCUAUUAUUUCUAAAUCUAGACGGCUAAUUGGUUUUAUAAUGAAAAACUUUUUCACAACAGAGGGUAAACUUACUCUCUACAAAAUAUGUGUACGACCCUCCCUUGAAUACUGCUCUUUUGUCUUCUCUAAUAUGAAUAUCGCAGACAAGAUAAGAGUAGAAGAUGCUCAAAGACGUUUCACACGUCAACUACUAGGAUGUAACUCGAAUCUCGAUUACACAGACAGAUGUAAGCAUCUAUCUUUAGAACCUUUAUGGCACCGUAGGCUAAAGAACAAUUUAAUAUUUCUCCACAAAGCGAUAUAUGGGCUCUCCUUUCUAACCUCCUGCCCGACUAUGACCCACGACCCAGCCUAUAGACUUAGAAACAACGCAUAUACACUACUUACCGUAAAACACCAAAAACAAAUGCGUUGUAAGUUCUUUACAGUACGGUACAGUUUAUUGUGGAACGGGCUGCCAAUGCCUAUCCGCAACUGUGAUACGUUUACCAAAUUCAAAAAGCUAAUAACCCUAUUUCUAGACUCCAAAGAGCUUCAACAUUUCCUUGAACUCCCGCCCACCAAUGAGGCACUUUAUUACGGACCGUCUAGUAUCUAGAAAGAACAAAAUUAUAACAAGUUCGACUGUUACUAAUCUGAAUAUAACCAAAUCACAGAAUAUCUGGCUUAUCCUUUCCUAUUAUUCAUUGUUUAUUAAUCACGACUUCAUGCUCCUAACCCUAGCUUUUAGUCCCCAAAUCUCUGCAGGUUAAAUGUACAUUAUUCUAACUAAAAGUCAUGCCUUUUUUUUCUACUGCAAGUAGACAGAUAGCUCAAUCUUAUGGAUGCUGAUCUACUAAUGCCGAUCAUUCAAAGUUCAAAAUUUAGCCACAAAGCCUUGUGAGUUUCUCAAUGUUUUAUUUUUCUCACCCUAAAAUCUUUUCUUUUCUACAAUUUUCUACCCUCUCAUAUCUUUUGAUUUGCUAUUAGUCCUUACUUCUUUAAACCAUUAGUUAUCUUCAUAGCAGUGUGAUAUACUAUGUGGACAUCCAAUCCAUAAAACAAACCUUUUAACUAUCUGAUUUGCUUGUAACAUGGACCUAGUAGAGACAGUGUAUUCCAACUAUGGGCUUUGAUUAAAGCAGUAUUCAUACUUACCACAAACGUAAGAGAGCCUAACAUCACAAAAGGAGGGAGGGUGGCGUUACUGACCAGCAAACCUGAUGGUGGGGAGAUAAAUUCAAUCCACCCAUGUCUGUAGGGCUGAACAUUUUGUUUAAUUACUGCUCCUUAUGGUUUAGUGGGAUGUCACGAACUUAUGGUAUUGAAGCUGAUUUAUCAUGCAAAAUACCUCUUUAAAUCGUGUUACGAACGUUGAAUUGGUUUCACUUCCUACCCGGAAAUCCUAUUACAAGCAAACUAGACAAUUCGCUAAUAUACGAAGCCUACUCAAGACCCUAUAAAACCUGG